AUGAAGCUUGAAGAAAAACUUGAGGACAACGGGAGCCUUGUAGGAACGAGUCAGCCCUACCUAGCUGAGACGCAUCAGGCGAAUGGGAAGCCCAGAGCAAAUGGGAAAGCUGAGAGCUAUGUAAAGCCAGAGGCAAAUGGCAAGAAUAAUGUGCUCAGCAAGAGUCUCAACACGUACACCUGGCAGGAGAUCCAGAGACACAAUCAGGAGGCCGACCAGUGGCUGGUGAUCAACCGCAAGGUCUACAAUGUAACUAAGUGGGCAGAGAAGCAUCCAGGAGGGCACCGAGUCCUCAAUCACUACGCCGGAGAAGAUGCCACGGAUGCUUUCACGGCCAUGCACCUGGAUCAGGACAUUGUGAAGCGGUACCUGAAGCCACUGCUCGUUGGAGAGCUUGCCCCAGGAGAGCCCAGUCUGGAGAGAAAUAAAGAUCCACAAUUGGUGGAAGAUUUCCAAAGAUUGCGAAGGACACUGGAAAGCAUGAACAUGUUCAAUGCCAACCUGGGCUUCUUUUUCCUCCACCUUGCCCAGAUCCUGGUUUUGGAAGUCCUAGCAUGGCUAAUCCUGUGUCAUUUUGGUAGUGGCUGGACGGUUACAAUACUUGUUUCUUUUCUCCUCACAGUGUCUCAGGUAAGCUGUGCGUUUUUGCAGCAUGACAUAGGACAUCUUUCCCUGUUCAAGAAGUCCAAGUGGAACCAUCUGAUGCACAAAUUCGUGAUGUGUCAUCUCAAGGGCUUGUCAGCAAGAUGGUGGAAUCACAGACACUUUCAGCAUCAUGUAAAACCAAACAUUUACCCCAAAGACCCAGAUAUUGAUGUAGGCCCACUUUUUCUGCUGGGAGAUUUGCAACCUAUCAAGUAUGGUAAGAAGAAAAUCAAAUACAUUGACUACGAAAAGCAACAUCUGUACUUCUAUAUGGUUGCUCUCCCCCUCCUCAUGCCUGUGUAUUUUAACCUGCAAUCUAUGCAAGUGAUGUACCUUCGAAAGUAUUGGUGGGACAUUGCCUGGGUCAGCAGCUUUUACAUCCGACACUUCAUCACAUUUGGCCCUUUCUAUGGAAUUUUUGGAACUGUGUUGCUCAUAUAUUUGGUUUUGGCCACAUGCAAUAUCGAACAGUCCUUUUUCAACGAUUGGUUCACGGGGCACCUGAACUUCCAAAUUGAGCACCAUCUAUUCCCCACAAUGCCACGUCAUAAUUACCACAAAGUGGCCCCUUUGGUGAAGUCACUGUGUGCCAAGCACGGAUUGCAGUAUGUGAACAAGCCCAUGUUGAAGGCGUUUGGAGAUAUUGUCAGGGCAUUGAAGAAAUCUGCAGCUCUCUGGAUGGAUGCUUAUUAUGAAUGA